AUGAUCGUAUCACUUUGUUAUGGUCAAACUACAAAUGAAGGACAAUGUUUACCAGAUACAGUUGAUUUUGCUACUAAAGUAGAAAAAUCAUCUGUUGUUGUCUAUGGAAAAGCAAUGGCAAAAAUAAUGAAUGAUGGAAGUGAUUCAAUAUUUCAUAUUUUUUUUCAAGUUGAUUGUAUUUUAAAAGGACCUGCAACAUUACGACAAAUUAAUAUAACAAAUGCCGGUCGUGUACCAGGUAAACAAUAUUGUCAAGAAUUUCCAGUUGGUAGUGGUUAUUCAAUCGCUUUUCUUGAACCAAUCGCAUCAAAUAAAACCACUCAUAGAACAUUUACUCCAGCUGAUUUUGCUGAAAUACGUGACGAUGGAAAUUCAACAAGUCAAUUAUUAGCUCGAACAUGUAAUCUUCAUCGAAUUGUACCACGUCAAUCAUUAGCAUCAGUUAGUGAUGUAUGUCCAGCUGUUGGUACUCAUCCAAUAUGUCACGAAAUUGUAAAUACAACUAUUGUUACACAAACUGAACUUGUUAAUAUAACAAAUGUUAUUUUAUCUGAUGAAACAACAAUGCUUACAAAUAUUGCUAAUAAAACAUUAGUUAUUUCAGGUGAAGCUGAUCGUUUAACACAACCAAUUCAUUCACCACAACAAGAAAUUGAUGCUAUUCGAGGUAAAUCAAGUGUACAUCAAGUUGAUGUUGAUAAAAGCAAUAAUGCAAAAUCAAUCACAUUUAGUGUAUUACUUAUGGUUAUUUCUAUGAUCUUCUGUUCAAAUUAA